AUGCGGACGCGGAAGGGUCAAAAAAAAAAAAGGCAAAUCAAAUCAAAUCAAAAUGGUGAAAAAGUGGUACGAGAGCACUUCGGAAAAUUUGCUGCCGAUGAUUUAUUUAUAUUUCCCCUCAGACAAGGAAGGAAAAAGAAAUUAAGGAGUAGAAUGAAGUGGAAUGGAAUGCUGGAAGUGUCGGACUUCAUUUUUUCUUUAAAAAAAAAACAAAACAACUUAGCAAAACAAACGAACAAACAAAAUCAGAAAUAUGCUCCAAUAAAUAUAAGAGCGUCUACAAGCAAAAAAAAAAAGAAAGAAAGAAAUGGAAAGCAGUUAAGCGGAACCCCCAAAAAUUGUUAG